GCUCCUCUUAUUAAUUCACAUUUAUUAAAAUAAUAACACGCUUGUACAAAAGGUUUAUAUAGUUUUACAUUGUGUUAACCUUACUUUAGCAACACCGGUUUACGACUUGUUUCAUAAAAAUAUAUUGAAAGAAAAACGGUUAAACUACGAUCAGCACAAAUAUGAGAUUGCACGUGGAGCAAUUAUUUUUUCAUAUAAUAUAUAUAACGUUGUCUGGUUUUCAAAUCAAAACAACAACAACCUAACAGUUGAAUGAUCGUUUUUGUCCGUUAGUGUCGCCCUCAGCUGGCUACAAGCUGCGUUGCAAGUCUGGUCAAUGCACUCCUACCCACUAAACCGCUAUCAUAAAAAUGUCUAACGUCAAUGUCAACCCAAACAGACUAUUCAGAUCUUUCCAUAGGAAUUUCAGAUUUUUUUUUUUCCCUCCUGAUGCAGUCCUAUCAUGUUUUCCCAGCUUGUCUCUCCUCGCCACCUGCUCAUAUUUCAACCAGAUGACGAUAGAAGUGAUGGAUAAUGAAUUGUAUGAUGAUAAGGGAGUUGGCCGAGGGUGUGGUAUGUUUGGGGGGGGCGGGGGGUAUCACAUGGGUUUAUCUAGCACUGCAGGUGUGUUCAAAGGGUGGGGACGCUAUUUGGCUCCUCAAGCACACGCACGCUCCAAAAGCUCUCCGGCCUCAGCGGGACGUCAUGCUGACUCUCCUUCCCAUCCUGUGUCUGGUCUGGAGCCAAGGAGCGCAGGCGUCGGAUCCGGACCUGCCCUUCAUGGACUACCUGGACAACGAUCACCUGGUCUGCAUCAAGUGGGGCUUCGACGACGAGCAGGGCAACAUCACCAUCAAAUUCAUCGUCAACACCACCGGUUGGGUGGGCUUCGGCCUGAGUCCCAACGGAGACAUGACGGGGGCCGACCUCAUCAUGGGGGGCGUCGGGCCCGGCGGGAUCUACUUCAAAGAUUAUUACGCGACGGACAACGGCUACCCGGUGGAAGACCAGCAGCAGAGCUACACGCUGCUGUCCCUCGAAGAGAGCGACGGGCAAACUCUCGUGACCUUCUCCAGGCCCUUCCAAACUUGUGAUGACCAAGAUCUCCCCAUCACCGCCCAAGCCAUGAAUCUGAUCUACGCUUAUGGAAACACGGAUGAGAUCAGCUACCACGGGCCCCUCGCCGGCACCAAAGAGCUCAACCUCCUCAAUUAUGUCUCCAGAGCCACCGCGGUGGCAAAUGGAAACUCCAUCAGGGCCACCGUGGAAAACGUCACCAUCCCUCCGCAGGACACUUAUUACCACUGCAGGAUCAUGAAGCUCCCCACCUUGAUUGGCAAGCAUCACAUCAUUCGGUUUGAGCCGGUGAUCGAGAACCCCGACGUGGUGCACCACAUGCUGCUGUACAACUGCCCGCCUUCGGUGACCACGCCCUACGACGGCGAUUGCUACCUGGACCACUCGGGGGCCCUCUGCCACGCCAUCGUUGCCGCUUGGGCCCUCGGAGGCCAGAUCUUUGACUUUCCAGAAGACGCGGGCAUCCCCAUCGAAGGCAGCGACGACUCGGCAUUCUUCCGGCUGGAAAUCCAUUACAACAACCCAAACAACGAAUCAGGCAGGACCGACAGCUCGGGUUUGAAGCUGCACUACACGGAUCAACUGCGCCCGCACGAUGUCGGCAUCCUCAGCACGGGCGUGUCGCCGUCCGGUUUGAUCAACUACGACAUUCCUCCCGGAGCCACUAAGUUCCGCACCUUCGGUGUGUGUAACACCAGUCUCUUUUCUCAGAUCAUGGACCCGGUGCCAGACUUGCAAGUUUUUGCCAUUAUGAUGCACACGCAUCUAGCCGGCAGGGAGGUCCGAGUGGGACAUUUCAGAAACGGGGAGCAGUUGGGUUUCCUCGCCGCCAAUCCCAACUAUGACUUCAACCUGCAAGAGAUCACCAGAUUGGGAAGCAUCAAGACCAUCAAGCCGGGAGACGUCAUUGUGGUGGAGUGCUCCUACAGCACCUCCGAUCGAACAAAACCUACAGAGAUGGGCUUUGCGACCACCGACGAGAUGUGCCUGGCCUUCCUGCUCUACUACCCCAAAAUUGAGAUUGUAACGUGCAUCAGCUGGCCCAAUAUAUCAUCAAACCCGAACCAGCAAUUCCCUCCGGGAGGCUCGCUUUCAAACCAACAAGAAAUCGUGGCGUAUGAGAACCUGGUGAAGAACUUGUCGCAAAUUCAGAUUGUAUACACUAAAAAUAGCCAACUCGGCAUCAACCCUAACGGUCACGUCGGCAAUAUGAUGGAAACGCCAACUUUCCGCUGCGGGCAUACGGGCAACGCAUCGAGUAAAUGCACAUCCCGGAUUUGGCAUCAAGCAGCAGUCCUGUUGGUAGUCCUCUGGAUGGCUCUUUUCUAAACAAACACCAAUGUCUCAUUCGGUUUCUGUUGUGUCAUAUCUAUUUCGCAAAUAUGAUACAUAUUCAGUUUUAGGAUAUUCAUUUGAAUGCAGUUAGUGUUUAGUAUUGUGAGAGUAGUUCGCACCGGUGAUAAAAUACUCUGUAUUAUUGUCAUCGUUAUCAAUUGUGCCGCAAUAUUAAUGAUAACAGAUUUGUGAUUUUUGUAUUGUCUUUUGAUUGUGAAAUUUGCCAUAUAGGAUUGAUAGGUGUGGUGGAGGAAAUACGUUUAACCAAUUAAAAAGCCAAAACAAAACAAAAAAC